CCGGCGCGCAGCCGCAGACGCGCAGGUCACGUGACCGGCGACCCUGAGAGGGGGCAGUCGACGGGCGACCUGCGCCAGAAGGCAUAUAGUCGCGGCCGCCCAUGGCCCGCACGGUCGCGGGCAUGGAAGACAGCGCGAGCACACUGCUGCAGGCUCCGGUGGCCACCCAGGUCGGCGGGGAAGACGGCGAGCUGUCGGGGUUCUGGGGACAGCGGCGGAGCGCGGCGAUGCGGGCGGACGAGGACUCCGGGGCAGGCCCGCCGGAGGACGACGGCCGCGACUUCCUGCAGCGGGUGCUGCGCGCGAGCGAGGGCGACCCGGGGCUCGUGGUGACGGGGCUGGAGGUCAGCGCCGCCUGCCGCACGGGCGACAACUACAUGUCGGCGGUGACCCGGGUGCAGGUUGCGGGCAGCUCGAGCGGCGGCCGGCCAGGCGCCUGGUCGCUUAUCGUGAAGCGCGAGCCCAGCAACCCGGCCACGCGCCACAUGCUGCGCACGGGCAAGGUGUUCGCCAACGAGACGGCCGCCUACACGCGCGUCGUGCCGCGUCUGGAGCGCUUCUUCGGCGCCUCGCUGCGGCUGCCGCGCUGCCUGCACGCCGCCUGCCGCCCCGGGUCCGGGGACGGCGUGCUGGUGCUGGAAGACCUGCGGCCGGCCGGGUUCCUCAUGCCCGACCGCCACCGGGGGCUGGACGCGGCCCACUGCCGCCUGGCGCUGCAGGAGCUGGCGAGAUAUCACGCGCUGUCCCUGGCCAUGAAGCAGCUGGACCCCGAGGCCUUCCACAUAACGAGGAGCCAGAUCAGCGAGGUGAUAUACGUGCCGGAGGCCGCCCACAUCUUCGGCCCGUCCCUGGAGAACGCCUGCCGCAUGGCCAUCAGCGGCCUGCGACUGCUGGCCGCAGACGACCCGCCCCUCCAGGAGGCCAUCCGCGCCCUGGAGAAGCGCCGCGGUGGCAUCUUCCAGCUGAUGACGCGCCUGGUGCAGCCGUCCGAGCCGUUCUCCGUCAUCUGCCACGGCGACUUCUGGCUCAACAACAUCCUGUUCAGCUACAAGGAGGGCGAGGUGGACGACGUGAGGCUGCUGGACCUACAGGUGGCCAGGUACUGCUCGCCGGCCGUCGACAUCCUGCACUUCCUCUACACCAGCACGUUCCGCGAGGUGCGCCGCUCCCACGGCGAGGCGCUGCUGAGAGCCUACCACGCGGCGCUCAACGACGCCUUCCGCGGCCUGGUGCGCGGCUCGGCGCUGGAGGGCCACGAGGCCAUCAGCUGGCGGCAGCUGGCGGCGGAGCUGCGCGAGCGCGAGCUGUACGGCCUCUUCAACGGCAUGUGGAUCAUGACGGCGGUGACGGCGGACGGAGACAGCAUCCCCGACCUGGACGCCAUCUCGCAGGAGGACUUCUACUCGGAGCGGGCACUCGGAAGCUGGAUCGCCGCGCAGACGCCCAGCUACCGGCGCCGCACUCGCAACCUGGUGCUCGAGUACUACGAGAAGGGCAUCAUGUGACGCCUCGCUCUGUUUCAUUGCGGUGCUCGUGUGAUGACUUGGCUGGACUUCACAACAUUUGGGGGAGUGUUAUUUUUAAAGACAAGACAGAGUAGGAAUUUUACUUCAGUUUACGUCCUCGUGAACAGCAUCUCAGAAUUCCAGUUAAUUAUGAGGGAAUAAAUGACAAGUCUUACUAAUAUUAUACGACUCAAUGUUACACAUGCAGAAACUUAAGAUUAAUCAACAAGGUGGUCGUGAAUUUCAGUGUUUUCGGUAGAGAGUAAAUUAUUUGAACUCGAGAUCCUGCACAUAAGAGUGUCACAUUUACGACCACGGAAGUGGGAAGUGACAGACUAUUGGUGUCUAGUAUUAAAUAAGUGUGUUUGCAAUGUUUCAAAAGAUUUUAGUUGGAACAUGUUUGUUAAGCUUAGUAGUAGAGAUAUAAAUUUCUGUUUUUUUAUGACUAAGAAAAAACUCUUUUAUUGCAAAAAGAGUAAAGUGGUGUGGAAAGAAGCCAAUAUAUUUAAACUUUGAGACCUCCAGUUACUAGCACCACAAACAUACCUGUUAUUUUAACGAUACUGAUUAAAUAUAAAAUAAUUUAAAAUAUUUUGUUUGACGCCAUUCAGGAAAUGAUCGUAUCUAGUCAGAGGACUUGCAUAUAUAAAAAAAUUACACUUUGUAACAGUAGUCCAGAAGUUGUACUUAUAUAGAAAAAAGUUAUAAUUAUUAUUUUUAAAUUCUUAAGUUAUGAAAUUCAUUUUGUAAAGAAAUAUUUGAUUAUUUCUACUUUGGUACAUUAAAGACUGGUCCAUUAACACAAAACUAUUAUUUUAAGUGGCAAAUAAUUGUUUAUUGUUCUUUAGGCUAUCACCUAUAGGCUAUAACCAAUCUGGUUCAAUUUCGAGUCUUAUUCCCUGCUUUACCAGAUAUGGUUUAUUUUAUUUGUUAGCCAUAAUAAAUAUUACUUUUUUUUAUUUAGGUACUACGUAUUACACAGAGGAAAAAAUUCUUCAAACAUUCGACAAACAAAAUUUUAUUAGUAUGUGUACAUCUUUUUAUAUUUUAUGUACUCUAUAAAAACUUUUGUUAAUAAUGUAUUAGUUUGAAAAGUAAAAAGAAAUAUUAUUUAGUUGUUAA